GGAAAAGGUGGCAAGGGCCUCGGCAAGGGUGGAGCCAAGAGACAUCGCAAGAUUCUUCGUGACAACAUCCAGGGUAUCACAAAGCCCGCUAUCAGACGUCUUGCGCGUCGUGGUGGUGUUAAGAGAAUUUCGGCUAUGAUCUACGAAGAAACCCGCGGCGUUCUGAAGACCUUCCUCGAGGGUGUCAUCCGAGAUGCGGUCACAUACACUGAGCAUGCCAAGAGAAAGACAGUUACCUCCCUCGAUGUUGUCUACGCCCUCAAGCGCCAAGGACGCACUCUGUAUGGUUUCGGUGGUUAG